ACUAACUUGUCAGGGGAUUUGCCGUGUUGUAUUUAUACUUGUGAAUUCAUUUUCAAUCAUUAGUUACGAUUCACUAAGCAGAUUGUACAGGUGGUUGACAGAGUUGGGAUGAAUGGGAAGUGUGUGUUCUUCAUCAAUGGAGCCUGUGGGAGCUAUGAGUAAUAUCUGGGAUGCUGCAGAGGGAUCGUUGGACAGCUGCUCAGAGGAGGACUAUGACUGUCCCAUAUGUCAGGAUGUCCUGAAAACCCCCAUCAGGACCAGGAACUGCAGACAUGUGUUCUGUAAAAACUGCUUCCGCCUGGCUGUGAGGGCCCAGGGGCCACACUGUCCCCUGUGCAGGGGCCCUGUAUCGGAGACUGAAAAGAGAGCAAUAGAUGUCCAGCAGCAGAUGAGGGAGAGGAAAGGACAGUGCAGGGCCUGUGGUACUACGAAGUUUCUCAGCAAGAUGAGGGUUCACUACAAAAGCUGCAGGAAGUACCUUGAGGAGUACGGCACCCCUCUUGACGCACCACCCACACCAGUCACACCAACGACUCAGGAAGUCAGCCGUGUAUCUGUGGAUACGAUCCACAUGACUGGGAUUCUACCAGGACAGCCCACACAAACACAGAUAUCUGAAUUGGUUAGGCCCAGAGUGUUGACGUUGGGGUUCCUGGGAGGAAGGGUGUACUCCUGCCCAUACUGCCCCCUGCAGGGGCUCACAGACAUGAGACUGGUCCAGCACUGUGUCGGCAGCCACACAGGAGAGAAUGCUCCAGCUGUGUGUCCCAUCUGUGCUGCCACUGUUUGGGGCGAUGCUAGUUACUGCAGCCGAAACCUCAUCGGUCACCUGGCUAUCAGGCAUUGUUUCAGCUAUGACACCUACAUGAAUGUAGGGGAGGACGACUACACCCAACUCUGCCUUGCCAUUCAGCUGUCACUGCAACAAGGCACCGGCAUCACAGAGUGACAACAAGGCCCUAAGAGAGCUACACAUUAUGUUCCAACACAAUACAUACCUCUUCAACCGCUCCUUGCCACAUCAAUGAUGUCUAUGAUGUUACUUAUUGUAUCGUAUGGAAAGCAAUUGCAUAUCCCUUUUGCUUUGAGUUAUUAUUCUGUAUUCCAUUUUCAUUCCACUUUCACACAAUGUGUCCAUUACAGUAGGUCUAGUCCUUGGUGGGUUCUUCAAGUUAACACCAUUGAAGUGAAAUCACAUUCCCAGCAACAUGUUUUAUGGACAUAAUGGGUGUGUUUUGAAAAGAUACUGAGAAUUCAAGGCAAUUUGAAAGUAAAUUGAAGAUGAGCAAUGUGUAGUAGACUAUGAUGCAUUUUCUCACCAUAGCCCUUAACAAUUCCAGGUUGGUUAGGAAUUGUACAAUAGAGUGUGUGAUUAUGUACAGUUAGUCAGGUAGAUCUAUGUAAAGGUUCUACUCAUGAAAUGAUGUUCACAGACAAGUUUUGCUGUGGGGCAUCCAAUGCUCAUAGAACAUGGAUCUGUACUGAGUGGACAAAACUUUAGGAACACCUCUAUCCAUGACCUAGACUGACCAGGUGAAAGCUAUGAUCCCUUAU